AAUUAUUUAGGGGGAAGAAAGAAAGAAACAAAGUUGUCGACCGUGCAGUGCACACGGGGAGGGAUUUUAUUUAUCCGGAGCGACUCGUUUAGUCCAGCACCGGGUCUGUAACGGCGCGCCGGUUUCCAGUAUUUCCUCCUCUCUGUCUCCAAAACUUCUCCGCUACUAAUUUCACCGAGUCCCGGACAGGAUUUCGCCUUUGAAAAAAAAAAAACGGGAAUGAUAAAAGCAGCCGAGCACAGGCGGACGGAGGAGUCUAGAGACUGCAGUGUGUGUGUAUGUGUGUGUGUUUUCUGUAGCUUAAAUUAAGUUAAACAUGUUAUUUUAAGUUUUUUCCCCCGAGCACGUUUCGUCCUGAGAUGAAUGGCAGAAGUCGGGUGAGUCGACUAUCAGAGCUCAAACGGAUUUAUUUUCUUGUCUACACUGGACCUACAUGAAGUAGUGAUAUAGCCUGCAUCCUGCUGAAACUCUUUGUGUUUUUAUUUUUUUUAAAAAAGCAAUAAAUUCAAAAGGAUACGCACUGGAUAACCGAGAUAUCAAAGCAACUUUUGUGAAGCACAUUUCGGACAGUUAAACUUAACAGAGAAGAUGCAGAUGUGGAGCCACAUGAGGGUCCACAAAGGAGGCCCUCCACGACCAUAGGUCACGCAGAAGUGUCCUGGAUGUAUGUUUCUCCAAUUUCCUGGCUGGGUUGACUUGAACUGUUAGUAAUUGUCUAAUAAUCCAAUGGAUUCUUCCUCACCACAGCCUACCUGUGCCUGUGGAUUUUCCACAUGAGGGCAACCCAGAUGACUCAGAGGACUUAAGUCAUGUAACCACCCUGAAAUGUCUUAAAAGUCUUAUUUAUCUGUCUUGUAUUUAUUUUGUGUAUAUAAGUGGAUCUUUUUUUAAAGCUUUGAGCUAGUUUCAAGGCCAGUUUUUAAUUUCUUAGUAGAAUUUGAAAGCUGCCGUAGAGAAAACUGUAGAUUUACUUGAGCAUCUUUGUUCUGCUGUAUAUCUACACACACUGUAUUUGAGCACACUAAUCUGUAACGUUAAAGGGGGGGAUCUGUAAGUCUUCGCUUAGACAGGUAAAAGAUACACGAGAGGGCUUCAUCAUGGACAGGCCGAUAAGCAAGUUAUUAGAAAAGUUAAAGCUAACAGACUCGGGCAGUGUGAAAUUCAACAGUUCCAAGAAAAAACAUGACACGGCCAACAACUCCAAUAACAGCAACGCCAACACUGGCAUCUCCGGAGGCAGCGGUGGGGGCAGCAGUCUGGCACCAGCCCCCAGCUCUGCAGCUGCCUCGCCCUCAAGACCCGGCCAGUUCUCGCUUGCCUCUGCAACCACAAGCGAUGCAUGUGUUCCAGCGAGAGGAGGGGGAGGAGGAGGAGGAGGAGGAAUGGGAAUGCCCCCUUCUCAGCUUCUUACCUCACCACAGACUUCCUCCACGGUGGGUGCUGCACCAUCAGAUGGAGAGCAACAACAUCACCCUUCCACCUUGGCACCAUUGAGGCGCCGCUCCCCCCAGCAGCGUGCGUCCUGUUACCUGGGCGAAGGCGUGGACUCCCACCUGAGGCGCGAGUCCGGCCUGGGCCCCGAGUGUGACGCUCACGGAGCGUAUGGCUCCAAGUCGUCCCUGAAUCAGCGGCGCUACUCCCUGGAGCUCCAGCAGCUGGUCAGAAGACAGCAGCUCCUCUCCCAGCCGCCGCCUCACUCUGUCCCCCCGCCGUACCCCGCCGCCGCUGGGUAUGGGUCGGCUCCCCGGGCUGGUGGAGGCGGCAUGGCGGAGACUGGCUACCUAUCAGAGCCAGAGAGGCACAAGCGGCUCUCUCUUCAGGAGGCUCUGUUCUACAAACGCCUGAGCACAGGCAGUGAACUGUGGGAGAGCACCAGGCCGGCGUCCCUCUCCCAUCCACCGCACCGUCCAUCCGAUGUGACGGGUGGAGGAGUGGGAGGAGGCUUCUUUUACCCCCCAGGACCAACUCUGAGCCCAUGCUCAUCUUUCAGCCUCCAGGAGUCGGUGCUGGUCAGCCCCAGGUCCAGCUUCGCCUCCAGCACGGCCAGCGGCGGCGGAGGAGGGAGCCCUAUGGGCAGUCGCUGCAGCAGCAACCGGACCAGCGGCAUCAGCCUGGGCUACGACUCUCGCUACUCCGCCUCUGGAGGCCUCCCUCCACAGCAGCAGUCCCCCUCCGUACAGACAGGGGGCUCUGCAGCUGGAUAUGGAGCUCCAGGAAGGGCCGGGGUGACGCCUGUGGAAGCCUGGACUCAGUACCUGGACGGAGGGAUGCGUCCAGCUGCCCACGACAGCCGACAUUCCUACCCGCCUGCGGUAGGAAGUCCGGCGGCGGCGUGCUACCAGGCUGGCCCAGAGUGGUGGGAGGAGCAGCGGGCAGGUAUAAGAGGCAAAGAGGGGGGUGUGAUGGGGGAGAGGGCCAGCUACUCAGACUUGCCUGGCACCCGCUACCAGGAGGAGCUGACCCGACUCCUCCUGAGAGAUGCAGCGCUGGAAGGGGACGGUCUCCUGGAGGGCCUGAUGCUGAAAGAACACUCUCUGGCCCUGACGGCUCUAUCCAAACCGGGCUCGACACCACUGGGGCCUUCCACAGCCGGAGGGCCGGUCAAAUCUCAGGAGAAUCCAGGAGCCGGCGCUGGAAGAGAGGCCUCGGAGAACCGCCAAGAGUUCUUUGGAACCUGUGUGAAGUGUGGGAAAGGCGUGUACGGGGCGGAUAACGCCUGUCAGGCUCUGAAUAGCCUCUAUCACACUCGCUGCUUCACCUGCGUCUCCUGUGGACGAACCCUGAGAAACAAGGACUUUUACAAUGUCAACGGCUCUGUGUACUGUAAAGAGGAUUACAUGUUUUCAGGAUUCCAGGCUGCUGCUGAGAAGUGCAGCGUGUGUGGCCACCUUAUUCUCGAACAGAUCCUGCAGGCUCUGGGGAACUCGUACCAUCCCGGCUGUUUCCGCUGCGUGGUGUGCGGCAAGGCUCUGGAUGGGGUGCCUUUCACUGUGGACCAACACAGCAGCAUCUACUGCGUCGCCGACUACAACAAGACUUUUGCCCCGAAGUGCGCUGCCUGUUUACAACCCAUCUUACCUACUGAGGGCAGUGAAGAGAUCCUCAGGGUCGUGUCUAUGAACAAGGACUAUCACUUUGAGUGCUACCACUGCGAGGAGUGUGGCAAGCAGCUCUCCGAUAAGCCCGGCUCGCAGUGCUUCCCCCUGGACUCCCAUCUCCUCUGCCACUCCUGUCACAUGAGCAGAGCGUGCGCCACACACAACAUUCCCCCUCACAACACACACUGAUCAGCUCUCCCCCCUCUCCUCCUCCGCCGCCCCCCCCCCCCCGUGCAGCUGUGGAUGUUAAACACGCUCCCAUUAUCUUGUGCUUUUUUUUUUUUUUUUUUUUGCUUUUGUCACUCUUUCUUCAAGACUGCUGAUAUUAAGACAUUUCCACUGAUUCACUUUCAUUGUCUUCAGUUCCUUUGUCACAUGUACUGCCUGCUGUACUUCUUGUACUAUUACUGUACUAUAGUUAUAAGGGAACGGGAAAGAAACUACUGCUUUUUUUUUUUUUUUUUACCCUCCUACCCCAAUGUGGCUACUGUUUGCUGUAGAAGAACAAGGGAUCUCGCUCAACUGUUUUGUACAUAUUAUUGCUAGCAAACAUUUUGCACUUAAAUUUGACUUUACUGUAAGAGAUUUGUAACGUGAAUCUGUACAAUUUUUGGGGAAAAACAUUACUGUAAUUUCUGUAUGCUGUAAUAAAUAUUUUCAUUUGUGUUCUGA